AUGAAACCGUCGGUUGUUGCUGCUAUUCUCCUGCUGGGACUUUUGACCUGCGACGCGAUGCCUUCAAGCCGUGUGUCCUGCUACAAGAAGAUUUUGAAGGACAGAAACUGUCACCAUGUCGCUAAUGGAAUCGAUCUGAUGCGACCCAUCGACUCUCUCCAGAAUCACUUCUGGGAAGGAAACAAAUGCGAUAUGGUCUGCUACUGCAACUUUAGCGAGCUUCUCUGCUGUCCCAGGGAUGUUUUCUUCGGACCAAAGAUCUCCUUUGUGAUACCGUGCAAAAAUCGCUGA